CGAGGUAGAGGUGCUAUCUGCUGCGGCUGGUCGCAGCUGACAAGAUAAAGAGCUGCAAGUGGACGGCCCUACCUCUCACACUGUGUAAAAUACACUGUACCUUGAUGUGAGCGUCAGGUGCACGAGGCACUUGCAAUCGACGCCCUCAGCCGCCUCGAUUCUACUGCAAGUUCCAGGCAAUCACUGUCCAAGAAACGAAUGACCACCUGCAAGUCACCCAACAUCACCCAUUCAACUCUUCCGCCGAACCACCAAAGCCAUUUAUGACGAGUCGUUUGCAACCCUCGCCCAAGUCUCGUCGCUGUCGGCCUUAGUUGCUAACCGUUUGUCCUUUGCGCCCGUUCCGGACCCUCUGGUCGUCAUCUCGACUAUUCUUUGUGCAGCGCCGAGCGACAUCGCCAGUUUCCGAAAGUUACCUCAUUCAUUACAUCAACCCCGAAUCACUGCACCACCCCGCCAACACUGCCAGCAUUAUGGCUUCUAGAGGAGCUCCCGCAGGUGCCCGUGGAAUGAACACACGCUUUGCGCAGUUCAAGUUGGUGCUAUUAGGAGAGUCGGCAGUGGGAAAGAGCUCGAUAGUUCUACGAUUCGUGAAGGAUCAAUUCGACUCCUAUAGGGAAUCCACCAUUGGCGCCGCCUUCCUCACCCAGACCAUCUCACUCGAUGAAAACACAACGGUAAAGUUCGAGAUAUGGGAUACAGCAGGCCAGGAACGAUACAAGUCGCUUGCACCCAUGUAUUAUAGGAAUGCGAACUGCGCUGUAGUCGUCUACGAUAUUACCCAAUCCGCUUCGCUGGAUAAGGCAAAGGCUUGGGUCAAGGAGCUUCAGCGACAAGCCAAUGAGAACAUCAUCAUCGCUCUUGCAGGCAACAAGCUGGAUUUGGUGAACGAGCAGCCCGAUAAGAGGGCAGUGUCGACGGCUGACGCCGAAGCAUAUGCGAACGAAGCAGGUCUGCUCUUCUUUGAGACAUCAGCCAAGACAGCCGAGAAUGUGCGGGAGCUGUUCACUGCCAUCGCGAAGAAGCUCCCGUUGGACCAAGUGGGUCCGCGUCAUACUCGCCCAGGUCAGCGCGCAGGCGGAGUAAGCUUGGGACCGACCGAGGGUGCCAAUACUCAGUCUGGAGGGCCAUGCAGCUGCUAGAAGCGUGUGGGGUGCUGGUUGAAAGGGGAAACCAGGCUACCACGGUACUUAUACCUGAUCCUCGUCAUUGAUGCGUACCUGCUCUACUUGCAUGGGUCGGCGGAUCUCCUCCAGUACUACAGUAAGCAACGGAGCUAGGCAAGUGGGCUUAUUCGACAACGCGUUCACUGAGGCACAUGGCAGAAUAUAUUCAUUUGGAGUCUCGGAAAGGUGGCAUACGUUUUUUAAUAACUUGACUUUGGUCUUUCCUGCAACGCAAACUAGGGCCAACGAAUGGCUGCGCGAUGGUGGGAUACAGCGGAGACAUGGAGAUUGUCCGUCGGUCUUGAGUUGUACAGUGUUCUCACCCUAGUUGUCAUAGAACUUAUCCCUCAGCUUUUGGAAUG